UCCAAGGGAACUAGCGGACUAUUGAUCGUUUCCCACUGUCAGCUCAGCAUGAUCUACCCCUUCCCCGGGUACCAGAACCCAGUGCUGGCCUUCAGGCCAUUGAUCUCCUGUUUCUGUUUGCUCAGCCUGCUGUUGUGCUGCAAAAUCGGGGGGUGCAGGAGGGUUUCCCCGGGCUCCCCGGCCCCGCAGCUGACAGAUCUUCGAUCGCAGAUCUCCGGGGUGGAGGAGCUGCUGGAAGAAUUCCGCAAACAGCUGCAACAACAAAGGCACCAGCAGGACUCUGGUCAGGAGGAGGAGGAGGACGGAUGGCAGGACAGACACAAGCACGGUAAUGGCAGGGAUGCUCAGCAGACCGGGGACGGGACUGACAUACAGCGCCAGCUCCAAGAAGUGGCGGUCCGGCCGGCUGGAGAUGUAGGAGAGGAUCUGUGUAACUUUAACCAGCUGGAGGACUACAUCAUCCGUACCAAGGACUCUCUGGAGGCCGGGGCCAGCUUCCUGAAGGCUCCUGGGGAGGUGUACAGCUGGAAGCAAUGUCUGGAGGUGUGCUGUCUGGAGAGGAGCUGCUCGGCGGCCGUGGUGGAGAGAUCGGCCCGGGGGCUCGGCUGUUUCCUCUUCGAUUGCAUUCACCGGGGGCGAAACGUGUGCCAAUUCUCCCAACAUAGAGACUACAGUAGCUUCACCCUCAGCGGCCGUAAUGUCACCUCUACAUGGGAUGGCUGGACCCCCCUGAAAGCCUCCUCUGCCACCCAGGAGAGUGACAAACUACCCAUCAGCAAUGCAGGACAAGACGUGGUACUCCAGCUGCCUGUUGACUGGGUCAUACUGGAUGGACGGGAAAGCACUGAUGACCAUGCCAUAGUUCGCUAUGAAUGGACCCUGCUUCGUGGAGACCCAUUAGUUGACAUGAAGGUCACACAACCAGGGACACUGAAGCUGUCUCACUUGCAAGAAGGAGUUUAUACUCUACAGUUGACUGUGACGGACACGUCUGGACAGAAGAGCUCGGACAAUGUCUCUGUCAAUGUCCUGCCUGCUGAGCAUCAUGUAUCAGCUUCUACAACGUGCAAUGGAGUCUGCUCCCGCUACCAGUUUAUCUGUGAUGACGGCUGUUGUAUAGAUAUUACUUUAGCAUGCGACAGAGUGGUGCAGUGUCCGGAUGGCUCUGAUGAAGCUUUCUGUCAGAACUUUAGCUCUGGUCGGAAGACAGUGAUUCACAUCACUGAAAAAACAGAAAGCCACGCAGACACUGGAGAAAUGACUGACACCGAAAACAAUCCUGCUAUAGAGAAAUCAAAGGUUACUGGGAAGAGUUCCAUGUCCACAAAUAAGGAAAAGAAUCAGUCACUUUCUCAGGAAUCACCUUACUAUAGCUUGCUUAACACAGGAACCAUGGUGCGCCCUAUGACAACAGACCCUAGAGGACACCUUAAAGCAGCUUCAGGCACAGUUUCGCCAAACACUGACAAAGAUACAGAGGAAUCAAAUUUCUUUAUUUCAAAAGAUAUCCCGCAAGGAAGCGGACACCCUGCUCCAGAGACAGGAGCAGUCCUGCCACUGGCCCUUGGUUUGGCAAUAACAUCAUUACUGCUCUUGAUGGUAAUUUGUCGUCUCCGACUGGUAAGACAGAAGCUGAAGAACGCUCGACCAUUAACGUCAGAGGAAUCAGACUAUCUAAUUAAUGGCAUGUAUCUGUAAUACAAUAUGAAACAACGUCGCUUGUCUAUUCCAUGAAAUUACUGUCCAUGUAAAAUCAAAUCAGAAAU